UUUGAGAUGAAGGCGGAUUACGGUGGGCAAAAGUUUAUCAAGGAAAAAUUAAGUUUUUGGAAAAGUAAAGAAUUGUGUAAGUAAUGGAGCCUCAUCAGUCAAGUAAUCCAGAAAAAAAACUUGAGGUCACUGAACAAGAUGAAAGACAGCAGUCACAGUGGAGACAGUCAGCAUUAUAUGAAACACUAGAUGAAAUCUUGAGCCAUCCUUCUGAACAGUUUUCCCUUAAAGAUUUUGGCACUGAAGAAGAAUCGGGAGACAAAUACCCUCGAUAUGAUGAAAGAGACUACAAGUUUCACAGACAAGAAAGUUUUCCUCAACCUCAUCAGUCUUGGCACAGACCACAUCAUCGUAGACGGCGUAAGACAUCUCAUUCUACUGACCAGGAUGAUCCCGAUAUUGAAGAACCUUUACUUAGUGGCACUGAACUAUCUGCUGCUCCUGAUAGCUCUGAAGGAGCAGUGAAAAAAGAUGUAUUGGAUCCAUUGCAUGGUCCUGCAACUGUAGAUGGUACAUGUAAUGUAACUGGUCAGCAAAAAGAUCAUCAAGAUUCAACAAAAUCUGUCAGUCGUGGAAAUGGAGAGAAAGAUGGAGAUUCAGAAGAAAAGGUGCAAUUUUUUCUUGGAAGCAUGACAUCCCUUGAUAAGCAUGAUGUCCGAACUGAAGUGUUGAAAAGAGGAGAAUCAACAUCUCACACCCCAACACACUCUAGUGAUGAACUUGCAUCUAAACAACCUCACUUGCGUCCCCGAAGAUCGUCUUUGAAACCUGCUAAGUCACGUAAUGUUCACGAUCGUGAAGAAACUUUGUCAGGAGAUCGACCUUCUGUAGAAGGUUCAGCACAAAGUGAAGUGGUUCCUGCUCGUACUAGGAUGCACCCAGAUGAUAUUUGUACAUCAGAACCGUUAAUGUCGGAGAGAGCAGCUGCUCCAGUUCCAGACAAUAGGAAACAAUCAGAAUCUCACAGAGAAGCUAAAGUAACUUUUGAGCUUGGUGAUGAGGUGAAGGAAGAAGACUGUAAGAAUGAAGCCAAAGCUAAAGAAGAAGAUGGGAAGAAACGUCAUCGUAACAGAGAUAAACAUGAUCAUCAUCAUCGUCAUCACCACCAUCGGCGACAUUACCGACGUCAAGGAUCUGAUAUUGAACCCAAUUAUAUGUCAUGGAUUGUAACAGAACCAGAUGAAGCGGAAACGCUACAAACUGCCGACUUGGAAGAUAUUGCUAGUAAUAAUUUUUUGUUUUUUAAAUAA